AUGGAGUUCCUAUCCCAGUUUGAUGCCAAGAUCGUCUACAUCAAGGGAGAUGACAACACCAUUGCAGAUGCACUCUCACACCUGCCUACUGAUGGUUGCAACACGUCGACAGCUGAUGCCUUGGCAAGGCAUCCUUAUGAUUUCUGCGAAGACAACGAUACACUAUGCAGUGUUGCCUCCAUAUGCCUACCCGAAGCUCAGGGACAUUGGGAGACAGCAAAGUCGUUGUCUUCCUCUUGUAACCCUAAGCAUAGUAUCAACGCGACACUGAAAAUCACUGCUGACAAAGAUUUCCUCAGAUCAGUUAAAGCUGGAUACGCCGAAGACUCUCAGUGCAAAACCCUGCCAUCAGCUGCUCUCAGCUUCUCCAACCUCAUCCUCCAGGAUGGACUCUGGUACAUCAGUGGCCGACUGGUCAUACUGCGCACCGGGAACCUUUGA